GUUAUGAAACCAUCGUAUAAGAGACUAUCGUUCAUUUGACUGCUUAACAGCGAAACCUAGGUCUUGCAGAUUCCUCAACCUUCGUCUCUCACUCCUCUUUGUCCGACCUAAGCUCUCCAAAAUGACAAAAAGAACCAAGAAGGCUGGUAUCGUUGGGAAGUACGGUACCCGUUAUGGGGCUAGUUUGCGGAAGCAGAUUAAGAAGAUGGAAGUUAGUCAGCAUAGCAAAUACUUCUGCGAGUUCUGUGGGAAGUAUGCAGUGAAGAGAAAGGCUGUGGGAAUUUGGGGAUGCAAAGAUUGCGGCAAAGUCAAAGCAGGCGGUGCUUACACGUUAAAUACUGCAAGCGCUGUGACUGUUAGGAGCACCAUCCGAAGGCUGAGGGAGCAGACUGAGAGUUAAAUUUGCAUGAAUGUGUGGAUGAGUGUAAUACUAGUCAUUUUAUGUUUUAUGGGAUAUCUGCUUGAAUGCAGAGCUUUUGAAGUUAGUUAAAUCAAAUUUGACUGGUUGUUAAAAGAUAUAUUGUUUCUGAUGAACCAUUUAAUAUUUUCACAUUUAAGUGGGUGUUAUUUUGUAUUA